CAGCGGCGGCUCCGGGUGUCGCCGGGGUGGGCCGGGGGCAGCGCGAGCCGGAGCCGGGCAGGGGGCGCCCGUCGCGGCACCCGCGCGCUCCUAGCGCCCCGAACCUGCCUGCGGGCCCGGGCCCUCCCUGCCGCCGUCCCAGCCGCCGUCCCCACCCCUCCGCCCUUUGUGCUGCCGCCGCCCGGCGCCCGGGCUCCGCGGGACCCCGGCCCGGCCAUACCGCGGGGCGCGCCAGGCCCCGCGUGGGCUCCCGGCCGGCGGCCGAUGGCGAAGGGGCGCGGCGCGAGCUGGGGCGCUGCAGCCGGAGUCCGCGACGCGGGAGGCCCGGCCCGCCUCCGUCGCAUUGUCCCGGGCCCCGCGCCCCGGCCCUGAGCCGCGCCGCCGCAGCACCCGCCCGCCGCCCGCGGGCCAUGCGGAGAGCCGCCGGGAUGGAGGACUUCUCCGCAGAAGAAGAGGAGCCCUGGUACGACCAGCAGGACCUGGAGCAGGACUUACACCUGGCUGCGGAGCUGGGGAAGACUCUGCUGGAGAGGAACAAGGAGCUGGAGGAGUCCCUGCAGCAGAUGUACUCCACCAAUGAGGAACAAGUGCAGGAGAUCGAGUACCUGACCAAGCAGCUGGACACUCUGCGGCAUGUGAACGAGCAGCAUGCCAAAGUGUACGAGCAGCUGGACCUGACAGCCCGAGACCUGGAGCUGACCAACCAGAGGCUGGUGCUGGAGAGUAAGGCUGCCCAGCAGAAGAUCCACGGGCUGACGGAGACCAUUGAGCGGCUGCAGGCCCAGGUGGAGGAGCUGCAGGCCCAAGUGGAGCAGCUGAGGGGCCUGGAGCAGCUGCGAGUGCUCCGGGAGAAGCGGGAGCGCAGGCGUACCAUCCACACCUUCCCCUGCCUCAAGGAGCUGUGCACCAGCCCCCGGUGCAAGGAUGCCUUCCGCCUCCACAGCUCCUCCCUGGAGCUGGGCCCGCGGCCGCUGGAGCAGGAGAACGAGCGGCUGCAGACCCUGGUGGGGGCGCUGCGCUCCCAGGUGAGCCAGGAGCGGCAGCGCAAGGAGCGCGCCGAGCGCGAGUACACGGCGGUGCUGCAGGAGUACUCGGAGCUGGAGCGGCAGCUGUGCGACAUGGAGGCCUGCCGCCUGCGCGUGCAGGAGCUGGAGGCCGAGCUGCUGGAGCUGCAGCAGAUGAAGCAGGCCAAGACCUACCUGCUGGGCCGGGACGACCAGCUGGCCGAGGCUCUGCUGGCGCCCCUCACCCAGGCCCCUGAGGCUGACGACCCCCAGCCGGGCCGCGGGGAGGACCCGGGUGCCCAGGACGGGGUCCUCUCGCCAGCCGCCUCCCCGGGCCACGCAGUGCGCAAGAGCUGCAGCGACACGGCGCUCAACGCCAUCGUGGCCAAAGACCCAGCCAGUCGGCACGCGGGCAACCUGACGCUGCACGCCAACAGCGUGCGCAAGCGGGGCAUGUCCAUCCUGCGCGAGGUGGACGAGCAGUACCACGCGCUGCUCGAGAAGUACGAGGAGCUGCUGAGCAAGUGCCGGCAGCACGGGGCGGGCGUGCGGCAUGCCGGCGUGCAGACCUCGAGGCCCAUCUCCCGCGACAGCUCCUGGAGGGACCUGCGGGGGGGCGAGGAGGGCCAGGGGGACGCCAAGGCCGGGGAGAAAAGCCUGAGCCAGCACGUGGAGGCCGUGGACAAGCGGCUGGAGCAGAGCCAGCCCGAGUACAAGGCGCUAUUCAAGGAGAUCUUCUCCAGGAUCCAGAAGACCAAGGCUGACAUCAACGCCACCAAAGUCAAGACGCACAGCAGCAAGUGACCCUUUCCUGGCCCGCAUGCCUGGACCGUGCAUCCUCUGGCGAGGGAGAGCCUUUAGCAGCAAUACAUCACAGCACGUGGCUGCUCCAGAGGCCGUGAGGAAGGGGCCCCUCCGAAACGGGAACACAGCAUGUUCCCUGAUGACGUGGUAGGCGGCCAACCUGUCCUGCCUCCUGAGAGCCCUUGGCCACCUGCAUCAGCCCAAAGGCGCAGCUCAGAGUUUCAAAGCCAAACGUCCCCACUCCCCCAGGGAUCCCCAUGCUCUCCCUCCCCCCCCGGCUUGCUGACCCUGGGCCUCACCCUCAGAUUGGUGGCCAGGCUUUUGCAAGCCUUUCUGGAUUAUUUGGCUUUUUCAAAUUUUUUUCCAAAGUUUGGUUUUUCUGAGAGAUUUGCAAUGGGAGGUCUCCUUGACCCCUUGCCACAACUGGAAACACUUGAAAGGGGACCCCAGAGCCACUGUUUCGGGUUUCAGGGGUCUCCUGGACCACUCACUGCUUCUCCCCAGCUGUGAUGCUCCCAAAUUCCCUUAGCACCAGCUGCCCCACCCUGGGGUCCUGACCAGCUCAGAGACACCCCCUGCCAUGCAGAGCAGGAGGUCUCAGCCAGGCCCCGAGUGUCCCCUGAUCCAGCCCUGCCGGGCCAGGCUUCUCCUCGGAGACCCUCAGCCCACAGCAGAUCUGUAGCCAAUCAGAGGAGGAGAAGAGGGAGCCCCUGGCAGAGCUGGGCACUGUUCCCCUCAGAGCCAGCCUCCCCAGGUCCAGCCCAGAAAUGCCUACUGGGGCCGUUAAGCCUUCCAGGGGCUGGGGCAGUGGGAGCCGCCAACUCUGCACACCACCUCCCGCUCACCAAGCUUGGCUUCUGCCUCCCCUCUCUUCACCUGCCCCCAUCUCAGGGACCAUGAUGUCUCAUUCACUCCAUGCUCCCCACAGGCCAACCCUGGCACAGGUCACAUCCGCAGCCCCCAGAAUGUCCUGGGCAUGUGCCACCAGCCAGUGGUCUCAGUGUCCACCCCACCCCCCCUUCACUGGGGACUGUCAGAUCCUCACCCCACACCGAGUAGUAUUGAAUUGGGACAGGGAUGAGAAACAUGGCCCCUCUCUCCCUCCCAUAAAAUGCCUGCUCUUAACCUCCCACCUUUGGGGGGGGCUUUUGAAGACCCAGCUGGGUUAGGGGUUUAAUCUUUUGGUUUAAGACUUCAGAGAGUCAACCUUCAGCUAAGAGAUGCCCACAUCCCCAGCUUGCCCUGGCCAGUCCUUCAGGGCUCCUGGUUCCUUCUGCCGCCCUUCCUGAGACCCUAGAAAUCGGAGGAGCCAUACAGUCCAGCGGAAGGCGGUGGCCCUGGCCUCUGUGCCAAGAGCCCAUUGGGAACCUUCAUGCCUUACUUAUUUGUAAUAGGUACAGGGGUUUUCUUAACACGCAUGCCCGACCCCCCUGGAGACACCACCCUGCUCUCCGGGUGGCACUGUGAUGCGAGCUGGCGGCUGGGUCCUUCCGUUCAUGCAACUUGGAACCUUUUGUCCUUUGGGGCUGGGCAGCUCCCGGCCCUCCAUGUGUCUCUGUUCUCUGGGGGGAGGAGUGGAGGGAGAGGGUAGAGGAAGAGCUCUGGCCUGUCUGCCCCCCAGCUCUGUAGUGGCUGACCACCUUUGAAGUAUACGUGAGAGAAAUAUAUUUACAAAUGCUUUAUUCUCUUCUUUAAUAAAAAAACGCAUCAGUAUUCUAAAAGCA